CAUGGCUCCUGCAAGAGAUCUCAUUUCCCCCAGAACAACUUGGUUUCCUUCUAAUCGGGGUCUGGGGUGGACUGCGGCGAGCUGCUGCUCCCUCCUUUCCCCCUCCCUAAGAAAAUCGAUCUUGGCUUUAUUUGUGUCUUAAGUUCUCCACCCCCAUUCCCCCCGAGAGUCCUGGGUUUGUUUAUCUCUUUAUUUAUUUCCUGGGCCGAGGCGUCCCAGACUUGAGGCUGCUCAGACCCGGGACUGAUAGACGAAGACGUAGAGAAAUUAACCUCCUGCCGCUGCCCCCCAGUCAAGCGUGACAGCGUGCGGCCGGGUUGCGUGACUCGUGACGUCUCCAAGUCCUAUAGGUGCAGCGGCUGGUGAGACAGUCGGUAUCGCCUGGUUGCCUCUUUAUUUUAUUGGGGUAUGCCUGGUAAUAAACAGUAAUAUUUAAUUUGACGGAGACCACAAACCAACUUCGAGCUGGGAGGCGCUGUCUUGACAGAGGCUGAAAGAAAGCCUGGCCUACAGGGGUCUCUUUUGGGGGCUUCUUUUCAAAGUCUUCACCUGAACCCUCCUCCCCAGCCAGGAGCACUCCUGGCUUCUACACUGCAAAGAAGAGGUGGGAUUUUUGGAGAGCAGAACCUCGCCUGGGCACAGGGCGCCUGGUGCACCAUGGCCGACGCGGACGAGGGCUUUGGCCUGGCGCACACGCCUCUGGAGCCUGACUCAAAAGACCUGCCCUGUGAUUCAAAACCAGAGAGCGCACUAGGGGUCCCCAGCAAGUCCCCGUCGUCUCCGCAGGCUGCCUUCACCCAGCAGGGCAUGGAAGGAAUCAAGGUGUUUCUCCAUGAAAGAGAACUGUGGCUGAAAUUCCAUGAAGUGGGCACGGAGAUGAUCAUAACCAAGGCUGGAAGGAGGAUGUUUCCCAGUUACAAGGUGAAGGUGACUGGCCUUAAUCCCAAAACGAAGUACAUUCUCCUCAUGGACAUUGUUCCCGCUGAUGACCAUAGAUACAAGUUUGCAGAUAAUAAAUGGUCUGUGACCGGCAAAGCGGAGCCUGCCAUGCCUGGUCGCCUGUACGUGCACCCGGACUCCCCAGCCACCGGGGCACACUGGAUGCGGCAGCUUGUCUCCUUCCAGAAACUCAAGCUCACCAACAACCACCUGGACCCAUUUGGGCAUAUUAUUCUAAAUUCCAUGCACAAAUACCAGCCCAGAUUACACAUCGUGAAAGCGGAUGAAAAUAAUGGAUUUGGCUCAAAAAAUACAGCGUUCUGCACUCACGUCUUUCCUGAGACUGCGUUUAUUGCGGUCACUUCCUACCAGAACCACAAGAUCACGCAAUUAAAGAUCGAGAAUAAUCCCUUCGCCAAAGGAUUCCGGGGCAGCGAUGACAUGGAGCUGCACAGAAUGUCGAGAAUGCAAAGUAAAGAAUAUCCCGUGGUUCCCAGGAGCACAGUAAGGCAGAAAGUGGCCUCCAACCAUAGUCCUUUCAGCAGUGAGUCUCGUGCUCUCUCUACUUCGUCCAACUUAGGGUCCCAGUACCAGUGUGAAAAUGGUGUCUCCGGCCCCACCCAGGACCUUCUGCCCCCACCCAACCCAUACCCGCUGCCCCAGGAGCACAGCCAAAUUUACCAUUGCACCAAGCGGAAAGAUGAAGAAUGUUCCACCACAGACCAUCCCUAUAAGAAGCCCUACAUGGAGACGUCACCCAGUGAAGAAGAUUCCUUCUACCGCUCCAGCUACCCCCAGCAGCAGGGCCUGAGCGCCUCCUACAGGACAGAGUCAGCACAGCGGCAGGCCUGCAUGUACGCCAGCUCCGCACCCCCCAGCGAGCCGGUGCCCAGCCUGGAGGACAUCAGCUGCAACACGUGGCCGAGCAUGCCUUCCUACAGCAACUGCACGGUCACCACGGUGCAGCCCAUGGACAGGCUACCCUACCAGCACUUCUCUGCUCACUUCACCUCGGGGCCCCUGGUCCCCCGGCUGGCUGGCAUGGCCAACCACGGCUCCCCACAGCUCGGGGAGGGGAUGUUCCAGCACCAGACCUCCGUGGCCCACCAGCCUGUGGUCAGGCAAUGUGGGCCUCAGACUGGCCUUCAGUCCCCCGGCACCCUUCAGCCCCCUGAGUUUCUCUACUCUCACGGCGUGCCAAGGACCCUGUCCCCACACCAGUACCACUCUGUGCACGGAGUUGGCAUGGUGCCAGAGUGGAGUGAGAACAGCUAAAGUGAGGCCUGCUUUCCAACAGACAUUUGCCAGAGAGAGAGGAGAGAAAGCGAAGGAGAGAGACAGUAGCAAGGAGAACCCCAUGGACAAGAUUUUUCAUUUCACCCAAGUUUCACAUCUGCACUCAAGGCUGCUGGACGCUGAUCUAAUCAGUACCUUGAAACCACAAUUCAAAAAAUGUGACUUUAUCAUUUUGUCUCGAAACAUCAGGAAAAAAAACUCCCAACAUACAAAAAAAGAGUCCUGCCCCCCACAACCAUCACACUCCUCAACCAGCCACAUUCACACCACCUCCAGACGUCCGCCCUGAUUCCUUCUUUUGUGCUCUAGAAAGUCUUGCCUCAUUGAGUGUUUUAUCCUAGUGCGUAGUUGGAGUCUUUCCCUGUCUUGGUGUUAAUGUCGACAUUGUUAUAUAAUAAAUAAUAAUAUAUUUUUUCUUUCAAUUUUCUUAACGGGACCCAGUCCCUUAUUUGGGGGAGGUCCGAGACAAGUACGAUUCAAAAUAUAUACUUGUGGGAUUCCCCUCAAAUAAACCCUCAACCUAAAUUCGCCACCUGCCCCUUGAAUAAGAGAAGUACCUACCUCUGCCAUGUGAUGUUUCGGAAAAAGCCCCCCUAAGUCCCGAUUUUCUCUGAUCUUUGUCCUGCCUGCCCCAGCAUCACGGCACUCACACUUGUCUCAACUUCCCGACGGAGUCACAAUAAUGCCCGCCCCGUGUGGCAUCAUAUCCUAUUCAGCCCUGCUGUCUUCCCAGCUCCACGUCUGUCGCUAAAACGUGGCCUAUAGCUUCCUGUCCGGAAAGCUUGCUUUGAAAAACUUUAAAGACCUGGCUUACAUUCGGGCAGAACCCUGAUAAGCAGGGCAUAAGCUCUGUGCUGACAAGAGUUGUGAAAAAGCAGCCAAAGUAAAUAUUCUUUCUGAUGAUUAAAAAAAAAAAAAAAAGCAAAGCCAAACCCAAGCCUCCAAACCUCCAACACCGACAACCCAAAUGAGAUGCAGACAAAAUCCACAAUUCCUAAAGAAAGAGACGAGACACGCUCACCGAUCAUUCUCUCCAAAGAGAUCACGCCAACACCAAAUGCAAACACAAAACUGUGUUUAUUGAAAGCAGAAAACGGUAUUAAAAAAAAAAGUGUGUAAGUAAAGUGUAAUGGUAGGGUUCUUCAGAUGUAAUAUUUUACUGGUACUAUUUAUUUAUAAAUAGGAAUUCUAAUUAAGUAAUAACAUGGGAUGAAACCCAGCCUGAGAGCUGGCCAAGAGGUUUUAAUUUUAUUGAUACUCAAAACCAAGUUGUGUGUUUUUUUCUUUCUUUCGAAUGUGCUUUUGCUUUUUUGAUAAAAAAGAUUUUUUUUUUUAAACAGACCCUAAUAAAGAGAACAGGGUAAGAUGUGAGGCUGAGUGUGUCCGAGUAUGUGAGAGAGUGUGAGUAUGUCUGUCUGUGAAUGUCCCUUAUGUGAUUAUGUCUUUUUAUGUUGCUAAGGGGGGAGGGUGAGAAUUAAGUACUCGUGCCUUAUAUUUUUGUGCCAAUUAAUGCCUAAUAAAUACCAUGUGCUUAAAACAAGUA